GCUGCAUGAAUAAAAACAAUGGCGCACGUUCCCUCGUAAAACUGAGCAAUUCCUUGUGAUUUCUUUCACAAUAUCGUACGGAAAAUUGCAUUUAGACUAUCUAAAAUGUCGGACAAAGGAGAAGCGGUCAAUAUGGCUGCGAGAAAUCUAAAAUUUGAACAGUUACGGAGUGACCAUGAGACAUUCUUACGUACCUUUGAAAAGCCUACGCAGAUAUACCGGUUUUUGAGAACACGAAAUAUCAUAACACCAAUAUUUUUACAUAGAAAUCUCUUGUACAUGAGACACCGCAGAACAAAAAAUACUACCAAAGAACAGAGUGGGAAAUUUAAAGUUGAUGACUUGUUAGAAAAGUGUGAACAAGGAAAUACUGGGGAUUCUCAACUGAGUUCAGAGAAGAAUGGAUACUUGAACUUGACUUUUAAAGGGUUUUUUCGAGGACCAGUACAUGGAGAGCUUCCAACACCUUCAAGUGAAAAUCUUGCAGAUCAAAAUCUUGUUCCUGCUGAAGUAUUCAUUGUCAAAGUUUGUCACAAAAGAAGAAAGGAAAGCAGUCCACAGAUUAUCCAAGAACGCGUUGGCCGCUGUCUGGUUCCUCAUAAUCCCUGCACAGAUCAGGAACCAAUACUUGAAACUUGCAGCGUUUCCAUCCCUAGAUCUAUAUUUAACCCUAAAACAAACCGAAAUAUUCGUUCCUUCAUUCUCACCCUGGAAGUCAGCGUCCCUCUUAUUGAAACUGGGAAGAAAAAGAAACGGAAGAAAAGUGAACAAAAAACUGAAACCAAACAAAAAUCAGAGUCUUCUGAGCCACCUAGCAAACGUCUCCGAGGUCAGCGGGCAUCUUUGAACUCUGAAAAUGAACAGCCAGAGAAGCCAGAAGACCUGGACACUAGUCUCCAGACUUGCGGGGCAGUGUCUGAUAAGAUUAUCUACUUCACUGAGUUGAUUAUCUUUGGUAACGAGCGAGAGUGUUUGUUGGUUGACGGGGAAUAUGAACUCGUGUUACAUGAUAAAGGAAAUGGGAAACAACGCAAAAGAAAACAGUUGUCAUGGGAAAUUGAUUAUAAUGGGAAGCUAGGACCGUUUGAGCUGUACGCCUUUGGACCAACGUUGAAAUUCUUACUUGCUUGGGAAGGAAAACCUUUGUAUACAAGACCAAGCAGCCUCCCGUUACGAGAACGUCAGCUUGAUUCGAAUGCGAAUAUGGAGUUGACCACAGUUGCCUCCACGGAUGAAAAUGAUAAGGAGAGCAGAAAAAGAUUACGAAUAUUCUACCAAUUCAUCUACAACAAUCAUACCAGGCAACAAACUGAGGCACGAGAUGAUUGUCUUUGUCCCUGGUGUGGUGUAAAUUGUGUUCGGUUAUACAGUCUUUUGAAACAUCUCAAAUGCUGUCAUGGCAGAUUCCUCUUCACUUACGCACCUCACAAUAAAGGUGCUCGCAUUGAUGUGUGUUUGAAUGAAAGUUAUGAUGGAUCUUAUGCUGGUGGCGUGGAGGACCUUAAUGAAAUGGUUGGCUAUGCUUUCAGCCGAGAUGGACCCGUUCGGAGGACGCCUUACACUGCUGUUCUGGUAUGGAGGCCAAAACGUGGCAAGGAAAGCCUUAAUGAGUUUCUAGAACCUGACGAGAGUGACGCUGAUGUAGCAAGACCAUUCUUCAAUGGUCACAAUAGAGUGUACUUCCAUUCCAACACUUGCCUUCCAAUGAAACCUGAUGACUUAGAGUUUGACAGCGAAGAUGAAAUAGACCCAGAAUGGCUGCGGAUUAAAACACAACAGAUGAUAGACGAAUUCACAGAUGUCAAUGACGGCGAGAAAAAGCUGAUGAAAAUGUGGAAUAUUCACGUUAUGAAACGAGGAUAUAUUGCCGACCUGCAGAUCCCAGAGGCUUGCAAGACUUUCGUACGCGAGUAUGGAGAUAAAAUCGUGCAGGAAAAACUUUGUAGGAAUUUCAUUCUUCAUCUCGUGAAUUUAAAUGAUUUUAAUAUCCUAGGUAAGGCACAAUUAUUACAAUCAAUAGAACUCUUAGAUGAAAUACGAUAUUCGCUAGACUAAUCUAUUCUAAGGGCAUACCAAUAUAAUACUUUUGUACA